AUAAAACCAGGAAGGACGAUGGCUCCAAGUCCAAACCGGACCYGUACGCCGUGUCGAAGCCUGAUGAAGAGGACGGCUUUGUGGAGAACCCUGAACCCUGUCCCGAGGACUACGCCGAGUUCUGCGAGCACGGACAGUGUGAGCUGAGGCAGAACCUUCCCACCUGCAGGUGUGAGGCGGCGUACGGCGGCUCUCAGUGCGACCAGCUCCUGGACUUCAACAUCCUCUACGUGGUCCCCAGUGGACAGAAGCUGCACUAYGUCCUCAUCGCCGCCAUCAUCGGCGCCGUGCAGAUCGCAGUCAUCGUGGCCGUGGUGAUGUGCUUCACCAGGAGGUGCAACAAGUCGAAGCGUGGCCGCAGACAGAAGCAGCACCUGGGACACUUCCCGUCGGGGACGUCGUCUCGGAUGAUGUAGCUGCUUUUUCUUUGUCCUGCCAGUUUUUUUUAUUUAAUUUAAUUUUUAUUUUUUUAUAAAACGCUCCCAGUUUUGGAACCACAGACAGACUGCAGUUUUAUAAUCCAAGUUCUGGUGCCUCUGAGUUAUUUUAUCCCUUUUUAUAAAUGUAUCAUUUAUUUACUUAAAGAGGCCUUAUUUUCUCACUGCCCUUCAUGUUUGUUUUACAUCCUCUGUCUCUGAGCAACAGGAAGCAGAACCUUUAUUUAUCUGAUUGUAUCGUCUCUCUGCACCGUCCACAGCUGGACCCACAGGUCCUGUCUCUGUUAGUCCACAGCUGGACUCACAGGUCCUGUCUCUGUUAGUCCACAGCUGGACUCACAGGUCCUGUCUCUGUUAGUCCACAGCUGGACUCACAGGUCCUGUCUCUGUUGGUCCACAGCUGGACUCACAGGUCCUGUCUCUGUUAGUCCACAGCUGGACUCACAGGUCCUGUCUCUGUUAGUCCACAGCUGGAGAGAUGCACACAGACUCAGAUUUAUGUUUUUUUGUUUUCAUCAGUCAUGUUUAAAACUUUGUGCAACAUUGUGAACAACGACAGGAGAGAAAACUUUAAAUUAUUGUGUUUUUCACCAACUCAUCAAACAUCUUUAAAUCUGAUUUAUGAGGCUUUAUUUCCAGCUGUUCCAGCUGUGCUUCUGUUCUGACUCUGUGUGUUUCUGUUUGUUGGCCUCGUUAGUCAGCUUCAUUCAACCUGCUCACAGRUUAACAGAUCAUUCAAAUCGACCAGAACAAGUUUUCUUUGAUGGAGACACAAACAGAAGUGGUGAACAAAUGAAAAAUAUCAGAUAAAUGAAUCUGAUCAGUGGAUUUAAUGGUAAAAAAAAAGACAAUUAAGUAAUUUGUCAGUUGAUACUUAAUAAUCUUUAAUCUGUUGGCUGGUUAAACAUGUGUUCAGCAGGAACUUGAUUAAUUAAUCAGUUGGUUAAUAAGCUGCUCAGAUUAUUGGUGGAACAAUCAGCUGACAGCAGCUGAACCUGUUUCAGUUUCAGAUUUAAUCUGAGCUCCAGAUUAACAGAGAAACAAGUUUUAAUCUGUGUGAAACAGUUUUUACAGACAGUGAAAAGAUAUAAACAACUGGUUUGGUUUUUAGGGAUUAAAACCAUUUUUUAAUGUUUUUUAUUUCAUUUUCUGAAGAAAAAAAACAGUAAAAGUUUUAUUUAUUUUAUUUUAUUUUAAAUUUUUGUACAUUUCACCUUCAAACUGAAAUGUCCGCGUGUCAAACAGAUAUUUCACCUUUGGCCCAGCGUUUUCAUUUAUUUUUGUCACAAACUUGUUGUAAGGCCUUAAACCUCCAGGGGGCGCUCUGCAGGGGGACUCCAGGAUGAUCAGGGACCAGUGAAGCUCUGCAGAGUCCAGUCCUGAUGUUCCCAGAACCCAGAUCUAAGCUGGAUUUGAUUUGUUUGUUUGUUACGAUGAGAUGCACCUGAGAACCAAAAUGCUGUUUUUUCUACGUAAAUAAUGAGGUGUACAGCUUGUUGUUUGUGUUUCAGGUUCUGGUCCAGAUUGUUUUUCAGGUUCUGGUCUCAGGUCCAGAUGUGUUUGGACAAGCUGAGGAUAAUUUAAAUCUUUUAUAAUCUGAAGUGUAUCGAUGGUACGACGUGUCUUACCGUGGUGUCGUGGUAGAAGGUGGGCCGGGGGUCCUCCAGGUGGCGCUGCUCUGGGAUCAGAUGGGUUCUGGUCCAGGUACUAUGGCUCCUGCAGGAACCCGGCCUGAUGUUACUGUAGAUGUUGCGUCCUGCAUGAACCAGUGAAGUUGUUUAGACUGUGCUGUAGCUGAAUUAAAUUAUGAUGUUUGAACCA